AUGCAAAACACUAAGUUUCUGCUUCUGCGGUUGACGACACUUAUUAUCGCGACUGUACCCAACUCACUAUGUGGUUAUUCAGGCAUGGGACGUCUUCGAGGACUCUACGUUGGUUGGAUCGGGCACGCAAACCUUGGCGAUGAACUGGUGCUCGACAUUUUCGGACACUUGCUACGCGACGUUCUGCUGGAGCAGGGCAUGUACCAACGUGCGAGUUUAGAGUACCAACCAGCCUUCGUUUCAGGUCAAUCCCAGCAACUGAACUUUUCCACUUACGGCUUUGCGGUACUUGGCGGUGGCUCUUUAUUGGAGGCUGGAUACAGUGCGUGGACCAACCAAUGUGAUGGUCUGGGAAAUGCGAAGGUGCCGUUGUAUGUCCAUGGAACAGGCACCCAGCUAGGUUUAAAGGAUCACGACUUUCGGAACCCUAAGUGCUUACAGCCGCCUGUCUGGGGAGGUGUGCGCGGGCACUUCACAAACGCGCUUUUGGCGAACUUGUCGCAGCAUUUUCAAAGCAACAUUAGUUUCGAGCUACCUGUCUUUGGGGACUCGGGAAUCCUCGCCGACCGUAUUUUCCCUCGUGUGUCCUCCGCACUUGUCGCGGAACUGGAGGGUGCUAUCGAUAGGAGGAGUUCUGCUGGCGUCAUCUGCAUCAGCGGCAGCAUCCAAUCGGGGCAAACGGAUACAGCCGAUUUGAUACUGGCAUGGGUAAGCAAAUACAUUAUCGUAUUGCUGCCAGUGGACCCUGAAACAGCCGACAGACAGGUGGUCAUAACCUGGAAAGUGCGGACAGCGAGCCCCAAUGCCAACGGCGGACUGUUUUUCAACCCGCAAGUUACCAAUUACGGCGUCUGGCUGGCCCUCUUGUCCCGCUGUGAUUUGGUCAUAAGCUCACGGCUUCAUGCCGCCGUGAUGGCGGCGGCCGUCGGGGUGCCGUUCGUCAUGCUGUACACUAAUGAAAACACUAUGCUCUACAGGAAGGGCAAGGAUUUCUUGCUGGGAACCAUUGGGCCGGACGGUUGGGAGGAGUUUCUCGUACGGCGGAGUGAGUUUAACGGGUCACUCGCUGCCGUGGACAAUCUCCUGCGUACGGUGCGCAGCCGGCAUCCCCGGCAGAAGUCAGCGUUCGACCGGGCAAUAGAGCACGCACAGUCGUCCUACAUGAGCAGCUUGCGGGCGUUCGUCCGAACAGUCAUUCCCGACAACUUCCGGUCCUUCAAGGAUGUGCACAUUCGUAUAUCUAGAUACCUUGACAGCGCAAGUUUCGACCUACUCUUUGAGUGA